GAUUUUCAAGAUACUAAGUUAGAUUUUCAAGAUACUAAGUCAGAUUUUCAAGAUACUAGGUCAGAUUUUCAUGAUACUAAGUCAGAUUUUCAUGAUACUAAGACAGAUUUUCAAGAUACUAAGUCAGAUUUUCAAGAUACUAGGUCAGAUUUUCAAGAUACUAAGUCAGAUUUUCAUGAUACUAAGACAGAUUUUCAAGAUACUAAGUCAGAUUUUCAAGAUACUAAGUCAGAUUUUCAAGAUACUAGGUCAGAUUUUCAAGAUACUAAGUCAGAUUUUCAAAAUACUAAGUCAGAUUUUCAAGAUACUAAGUCAGAUUUUCAUGAUACUAAGACAGAUUUUCAAGAUACUAAGUCAGAUUUUCAAGAUACUAAGUCAGAUUUUCAAGAUACUAAGUCAGAUUUUCAAGAUACUAAGUCAGAUUUUCAAGAUACUAAGACAGAUUUUCAAGAUACUAAGACAGAUUUUCAAGAUACUAAGUUAGAUUUUCAAGAUACUAAGUCAGAUUUUCAAGAUACUGGGUCAGAUUUUCAAGAUACUAAGUCAGAUUUUCAAGAUACUAAGUCAGAUUUUCAAGAAACUAACACAGAUUUUCAAGAUACUAAGUCAGAUUUUCAAGAUUUUCAAAUCAUAGAAAAUAGAUCUGUUUUAGAGCGUUCUUGUCAGAAAAUGUGA